GUGUAACUGUAUCUCUCGACUGGAGUAGGUGGGCUGGGUUCACUGGGGUCUGGAGAGUUGAGGGGAGGAGGGACAAAGAAAGAUGGCGAGAGAGAUGUAAAGGAGUGAGCGGAUCCAAGCAGAAGGGUUGCCAUGGUUACGGGAGAAGCAUAUGAAUGAAUGACAUCACAGCGGCGGGGAGGUGGAGAGUGUGAAAUUGAUUUGGUGGCGGAGCGCAAGGGAGGCGGCUGUCGUUGGGGUUCCGGCAGUCGGGCGGGCAGGCGUAUAUUUCUCCCUCCGUGGUUCUCCGCUGGAUGGACUUUCCCCCGCUGUUUCCAGCUAUGUAACGCCUUCCGUCAGAACAUGGAGAUCGACCAGUGUCUGCUGGAGUCUCUGCCCAUCGGCCAGCGCCAACGUCUGGUCAAGAGAAUGCGUUGCGACCAAAUAAGGGCGUACUACGAACGGGAGAAGAGCCUCCAGCAACGUCAGCAAGGUGGAAUCAAGGUGCGAGCUUUGCCGAGCGCCCAACUCAAGAAGCAACAAGUCCGCUUCAGCCUUGCCGACAUCCUACAGGAUGCCAUCAUUCGCUACGAUGACAAAGAAGUGCUGCGUCUCCUGAAGGAAGGAGCCGAUCCCAACGCUCCCAUCUCCUCUGGAGGAUCUUUGUUACACUUGUGCGCUCGUCACGACAACGUGCUGGCGGCGGAGGUGCUGAUAGAGCGGGGUUUGAACAUCAACCUGCAGGACGAAGACCUGCGGACGGCGCUGCAUGUAGCAUGUGUGUGCGACCACGCCGACAUGGUGCUGCUUUUUCUUCUGGCCGGGGUGAACUCGCUGCUGCAGGAUGUUGACGGGAACGUUCCUCUGGACUACGCCCCUGAGGGAACAGAGAGCCGCUAUAUUCUGCAAAAACACCUGGAGGAAAACGGUGUGGAUGUGUCUUCUAUGCACACCAUGAGGACACAGAGGCCCAAUACUAUGCUAUCUGACAUUAGACAGCUUGUAGCUGCAGGGGCAGACCUCAAUCAACCCAAUGACGACGGGGUCACCUUGCUUCACAUAGCAAGUGCCAGUGGCUAUCGGGACGUUGCGGCUGUGCUGUUGGAGAACGGGGCAGAUCCUCAUCCUGUGGCCCACAACUUUUGGACACCUCUCCACCUGGCAGCUAAAUAUGGGCAGACGAGCAUCGUUAGUCAACUCCUGAGGCAUGGAGCCAACCCUACACUGUUAAACUGCAACCAAGACAAGCCCUCAGGCGUUGCUGCAUCAGAGCACAUAGCUGAUUUACUGUUGAGUGGUGAAGCCUGCUGGCUGCAAAGGCUGAAGGACCCCUCCACCCCUCUGCUCUCCACGGACCAACACUAUGAUGGUGGAGCACAUGACCUCAAAGCCCCUGUGAAAAACCUGAAUCCUCUGGGCAUCCCAAUCUCGAAACGGGACAGCAUGCUAGAGAAGUGGGCCAUGUUUCGAGAAGCGGGCGGGGCACUCAGCCGGCAGCCGUCGCUGGAUAACAUCCUGGAUGGCCCUUUCAGCUCAGGAACAACCAAACUGGAACAGGUGAAGCUGAUGCCUCCAGCACCCAACGAUGACCUGGCGUCCCUCAGCGAGCUGACCGACCGCAGCCUGCUCUACGAGAUGCAGAAGCGUUUUGGCAACGACCAAAUAUAUACUUACAUUGGACACAUUCUUUUGCUGGUCAACCCAAACAAAGAGCUGCCUAUCUACUCCACUUUGGUGAGUCAGUUGUACCUGAGCUCCACGGGCCGCCUAUGCUCCUCUCUUCCCCCUCACAUCUUUUCCUCGACGGAGCGAGCUUACCACAUGAUGCUCCAGGAGAAACGACCCCAAUGUUUCAUCCUGAGUGGCGAAAGUGGUUCAGGGAAAACGGAGGCCUGUAAGCACAUCGUGCGACACCUGACAGCCAGAUCCAGCCCUAAAGGCUUCGCGUUGGAAUCCAGAAUGAAACACGUGAAUUGUAUCCUGGAGGCUUUGGGGCACGCAAGGACAGAGAAGAACAACAACUCUAGUCGUUUUAUCAAGCUGUUGACCAUCCAGUAUUGUGAGAAGAGGAGAACGCUGCUUAGAGCACGUGUGUACACGUACAUGCUAGAGAAGUCUCGAGUGGUCCAGUGUCCUCUUCACCAACACAACUUCAACAUCUUCUACCUGAUGGCCGAGGGUCUGUCACCUGAAGAGAAGAGCCCACUUCACCUCAGUAACAUCUUGGCUCAUAAGUAUCUUAGUGGAGGACUACCCAGGGGGAGCCCUCCUGUGGCUGCAGCAUCUACGGAAAGCAGGGAGCGUCUUGCCGCUCUUAAGCAAGCCUUUCAAGCUGUGGGUUUCAACAAGCAGGAAGUGGAUUCCGUGUUCAUGUUGCUCUCCGCCGUGCUCCAUAUCGGGGAUCUGCGUUUCACUGCGCUGACAGACGCCGAUAGCGCCUUCCCUUCUGACCUGCAGCUGCUUGAGAGAGUGUCCGGAAUGCUGCAGGUGUCUUGCAGUGACUUAAGCAGCGCCCUCACCUCUGAUGUUCAGUACUUUAAAGGUGAUGUGAUCACACGACGCCACACGGUGGAAAUGGCCCAGCAGUACAGGGACCAACUGGCCAAGGCCAUCUACGGACGACUCUUCAGCUACCUGGUCAACUGCAUCAACGACUACCUGCAAAGACACGACGACAGUGUUUGUGACCCUGCCUUUGAAAUUGCAAUCCUGGAUGUCUUUGGUUUUGAAGAAUUUCAGAGGAAUAGAUAUGAACAGCUGUGUGUCAACAUGACCAACGAGCGGCUGAGGCGCUACGUCUCCGAGGUGCUAUUCCAGCAGGAGCAGGUUGAGUGUCUACAGGAGGGCAUCGCCAUGGAGACCUCGCCAUCCCCCAGCAACCAUCCAUCUACUCUGGACUUUUUUCUCCAGCAGAAGCCUCAAGGACUGCUCAGCGUAUUGGACGAGGAGAGUCAGAGUCUUUGGCCGACGGAGCAGAACCUCUACAAGAGGCUAGCCGGCCAGCUGGAGUCCAACCCGACGGACGGCCUCUCCUUCACCACCAAAGAUGGCAACGGAAAUCCCCCGCCCAAAGAUCAAGGCCCCACCUUUACUGUCCGCCAUUAUACAGGACAGAUUGCCUAUGACCUCACAGGAUCGCUCCUAAAAAACAAGGACUCCCUUCCUCAGAACAUCUUGUUUACGAUGAAGUCCAGCGAGAGCGUGUUGCUGCGGCAGCUCUUCCUAGCCAAGUUGACUCAGACCGGUUCUCUGGUCCCAGCGACCCAGGGCCGGGUCGGGCUCAGGGGGUCCAAAGCUUCUCUGCUGAUCAACAGUACAUCACCACCACCACCUAACCUGGCCAGCACGCCUCCCCAACCCCACCGGGGGUACCAUGACCUCACCAAGAUCUUGAAGAAGAAAGGCUCCAGCUCCUUCCUUCAACGAUUAGAGCGCUGCGGUCCCAUCACAGUGGCGGUCCAGCUGAGGAACUCACUGUCGGAGGUGAUCAACAAGCUUCAGGCUUCCACGGCCCAUUUUGUGGAAUGUCUGCGCCCCAAUGCCAGCGGUCAGGCCGACACCUUCGACAGCUCCCACGUGUCCGCCCAGUUGCGCCAUGUCGCCGUGCUCGACAUGGUGCGCUCUAUCCGUUACGGCUACCCCGUUCGCCUGUCCUUUCCCGGAUUCCUCAGCAGAUACAAAGAUCUCGUUGUGCCAACACUGGGCGACAAGAGGAAAUUGUCAGCGGAGGAGAAGUGUCGCUGUGUACUGCAACAGACCAAACUGCAGGGAUGGCAGAUGGGCAGCAGUAAAGUGUUUCUCAAAUACUGGCAGGCAGACCAGCUCAACGACCGCUGCUACCAGCUGCAUAAAAAGAUCAUCACCUGCCAGAAAGUGGUACGUGGUUGGCUAGUCCGACGACGCGUCCGGCGGCGGUUGUCUUCGCGGCACAAGGACGAGGGCAGCGUGCAUCGCUUCCUACAGGGGGCGGAAGACAUGGGCCUACGCACUUACGACUACCUCGUCAUACAGAACGCAUCUGACAUCGCGCGGGAGAGCGACCGCCUGCGCUGCCACGGCAACAGCGGCCUCAUCCUCGCCACCGCCCUUGGCAGCAGUCCGCCACUCGGGGAGAGGCCCGACCCUGUUGGCAAGGAGGAGGAGCAACCGGUUAAAAGGGUUAUGGAAAAAGUUGGAAAAGUCCACGAAGGUGCUGGGAACGGGGGAAGGCGAGUCAUUCGGCACUUUCGAUCCAGCUCGGUGCCACUCCCCCUGGCUAUGGAGAAUACAACACACUCCACCAGCGGCCCGGCAGUCAAACCAGCGCUGCAGCAAGUAGCUCACACCAACAUGGACAAUAUCGGUUGUUGUGCCACUUCCUCGCCUCGUAAGCAACCUCCCCCCAAACCAAAAAGGGACCCCAACACGCGCUUGAGCGCGUCGUACGAGGUGGUUAGUGCCGGUUUGGUGAUGGCGGUCAAGGAGAGUCCCACUCCAGAAGGCUACGCUUCACCAGCUGGGAGUCCCCCCAAGUCCCAGCUGUCCCCAACAGACCCCGCAGGAGAAAAUGUUCUCAACUUUUCCUCAGGUUCUAAGCCCCGCCCCCACAGCGAUGACUAUACCACCAUGAGGAAGGUGCCCCCGCCCAAGCCUAAGCGCAGUCCCAACACCAAGCUGACGGGCUCGUACGAGGAGAUCAACGCCGUGGCGCCCCUCCUCCACCAGCUUCGCCCCGCUGACGUCAAGACAGCGCUGCUGUCGCGCACCAGCGGCAUGAUGCAGAAAGCGGCCUCCCUAGAUGCCCCACAGGGCUUUGCGCUAAGUCCCUACCAGGUCCAGGACGAAGAGGACAUCUACAUCGAGAUGCUUGGCUCUCACCCCCGAGCUCGGAGCCUCCAAGAGCCACCCGAUAGUCCGGAAGAAGCGGAUUCAGAGGCCGUCUAUGAGGAGAUGACCUUUUUUCCUCCCGAUGAUGCUGCGCCUCCACCCGCCGCUGUAACCAAACCAACCAAGCUGGAGGUUCUCAACUUGGGCCUCUUUACAUCCGGCAUGUGUCGCCCUCAAAGUGAGGAGAAUAAACGAAUGACAUCAGGGGUGAUGGCAGCUCUGGACAUCGCUCACCUAACUAACGCGGCGAUCAGCAGCGCUCCCAGGAGUCAGCAUGGAAAGGAUGGCGGCUGUGACAUUCCGGCCCCCUUUCCCAACUUGCUCCCGCAUCGACCACCGCUCCUGGUGUUCCCGCCAUCUCCCGUCACCUGCUCCCCUGCUUCAGACGAGUCUCCCCUCACUCCUUUAGAGGUCAAGAAGCUGCCAGUGUUUGAGACCAAUCUCAACUAUUCUGCAGGUCCGGACAGCCCACUGUCACCUCAAUAUGUGCGCCAGCGGGCCGACUCCUCCCCAAGCCUCACCGUCCUAAUGCCGGAGAAGAAGGCUACCCCUCCACUAACCCCGCCACUUCCUCUUUCUACCACAAGUGGUCCACCUCCUCCAUACAGACCACCUUCACACUUCCCCUUCCCACCUGACGCCGGCUUCCUCACGCUGACGCGGACCGCUUCUGUCACCCAAUCAGACUCCUCCAAGGCCGUAAGACCAAGUGUGGAACCACUGGGCAAGCCGCCUCCUUACUCCCCGGGGAAGAUGAGCCGCCCGGAACCUCGAAGAGCUCACUCCUGCUCCUCAUCGCCCUUGUUGUUCAACCCGGCCAAUGGAAGACCCCUCACCAGCCCCCUAGAUGAGCUCAACACCUUGUUCAGCACAGGACGCAGCCUGUUGAGGAAGUCCUCAAUGGGUCGCAAGAAGCGAGAUGGAGGUUUUAACUCCAACAUCAAUUUACCUGGCCGGGAAGAGUGUGGCUCCGCCCCAUCCUCGCCAUCACUGCAGCUACAGGACAAGAACGCCAACAAUCAUGCAGUUCACUCAUCAAGCCACGCCCCCAUUGAGAACGGCAACCAGAUCUCCAAUGGUUCACUGGAGGAUGACAGUCACGUCAAGUCAAACAUGUCCACAUCUUCUCUGCAAAGGCACAUGGAUAGUCACCAUAUGCAGAGGGGUCAUCUCAAUUUUUCUCCAUUUGGAGCUGGGGCCGCCCUCUGAUCGACGAGGGUGUUGCGCGGGGGGUGGGGGGGUGCUUACUGGAAGCUGCAGUCCACAUAUAGGGAUGUGGUGAGUCCGUCCGGAAAUUCAUUCUGUAACGAUGCUUCCAUCGAAUCCAUUGUGCGUUCAUCAGAGUGCUGAUGGGAACCCAUCUUUGGUGGUGAAAUCAUUUUUCUACAGAAGUCUAAGAUCAUCAGUCAUGGUUUUUAUUAUUUCAGGGGCAAUUUUUGGGGGUCACAUUGAAAUAAGCAUCAAUGCUUUUUUUUUUCUUUUUUACAUUAAAACUCUUCUGGAAACGGAUCCCUACUUAUAAUUAACAUCUGAUUCCAGAACAAGUGAUUCUCUUUCUUAUCUGCAUCUUAUUUUUGUGCAUUUGUUUUCCAUCAGGCAUUUUUAUUCAGCUUCUUGGCUAUUGUUAGGCAAUUAGUGAAACAAUAUCUUCAAAUUGUAGUAAGGACAGUCAUGGUAGGCUCGUCCGUGUUUGGAUACUACGAGGUUCUUAACUUAAGAACCCUCAACUGAUGGAAUACAUUUCAUGAGGCGGCCUUCAUAAUUACCCUAUGGCGACCUUGGCGGCAGCUGUGUUUGAUAGCCCUUCUCUGUUUAAACAGGAGAUUCUCUCUGUUGCAGAAAGUCCACAAAGUCCUUGUUGUCCUAAUGUGGAUUGGAAGAACUUGACUGCGCUGCUCACAAAAUGACCUUGAUUUUUCGGGUUAUACAGGGACGCGAACUUUGAGGCAUGCCCGCUCUAUCAAAUUCUCUCUCGCUCGCUCUUUUUCUCGUGUACAAGGUAGAGCACUAAUCCCUCCGGCAGCACCAGCCAAAAGUUUAGAAUGGGACUUCUAUGAGACUUUUAUCUUGACGUUGGGUGAGAAUGUAAAGGCAGUUUUCACAUUAACUGAAAAUAUUUUGUUGAUUUGAAUAUUUCGAUUUGUUGCCUUGAAAUUUUGAGGUCCCUUUUUUUGUUUUACACUGCUGCUCAUUACAAGUCAUACAAGUUAUAGUCUAACAGUUAAUCAUCAACUUAUUUUUAUGAAGCACUACCUAAUUAUCAGAUUUGUUUGUGCUUUUCAGUUAUGUAAGCAGCUGUAUAAAGUGUAACCAAAAUAUUACAAAUCCCUGCAACACUACCACCAAAGGUCACAAAGCGUAAUCAAAUUGUUAAACGAAUCUGUUUCAAGACUGAAUUUCAGUCCUGGCUUUCGAAACUAAAUUGUGCAGGUAAAAGAAAUGUUCACUGUCAUCAAUAAACUACAACCUCCAUGUUCUAUUCUGGUAUGUAUCAACCACGCUCACUCCUCUUUCUGGAAUUACUGACCGAGGCAGGUUGGAAUUCCCAUCUCUGAUUGAUCUACCAGAAUAUCCACUCACAGAUGAGUGAUGUACUCUGUGAAUGUGUACGUGCGAGUGUGUGUACAUUUGGAUGGUCCACGCUGAACGACCCCGACUGUAAUACACGAGCCCUUUUGAGGCAAUACAUCCAGGAGAUGUGAAUGCGGUGCUAUAGAGCUGUCAAUCAGAAGGGGAAAUUCCCCGCCCGCUCCGCUGACGUUGAUCAUCUCGGGAGAGAUGGCGACAUCUCCAUCUUCUUUCCGAUAGAAAUGAUAGCCAUGUCCUAAUUUUCCCAGACUGUAGGCGUCGACUCUAAUGGCUGCCUGAUUAGAGUAUGACACGUGCUCAAUCUUUUUGCUCCAUUAAUUUGAUUUUGUCUCCUUGCGUAGAACUUCCAUUUGCUUGUCAUUCAUGCUGCACUUUGCUCCCAACCUCUAAAUCAUCAUUUUGUCGUUUAAGGUCCUAUUUGACCAUAAAGUAAUUACAGGGGAACCUCUAAAUUCAUGUAAAAGCUGUUCACUAGGUUUUGAAAUCAUGAUUAGGGAAUAAUGGAAUUCGAACAAAUCCAUUCCGGUGUUAAAUUGAUAUCCUUUCUUCACUCUUUGCCAUCUCCGCUACCUUUCUGUGGUGGCAUCACAGAAAAAUAUGUUAAAUUGAAAAAAGCUGAAUGAAGAGCCAUGCCCAUUUGGAAAUUAAGAUUUACUAUUUUUUAGACUCAAAUACAACCCCAAAACCGACUAAAAAAAAAUUGCAAGUCUGCUUUAUGAUCCAUUAAAAAAUUACAGUAUUUUACCCAAUAACAAGUAUUCUUGAACCAGUUUUAUUUUUUGACUCUUCUAGAUGACACCGUUAGUUUCAAUGAAGUGGUUUGAGAAAUGGAAAAUAGGUAGAGUUGAAGGGAGGGUGCUAUCUAGAGGAGAUAAAAAAUACAACUGGUUCGUGAAGCAAAUUUGAAGCUUCAUUUUCCCAUCAGUAAGUCAUUUUGGGUUUCAGACAUUAUGUUUGAAAAACCCUGCCUGAAUCAAUAGUUUCAUUAAAAUGCAUGGUUAAAUUCUGAGCUGUUUGGCUUUAGAGGUUCCGCUGUAUUCAUCUGGCCGGUCAGAACCGACACACUUUCUUCCUCUGU